AUGGCCACCGAGACGGACAUCACGCUCUACACCGCGCAGACCCCCAACGGCAUCAAGGCCUCCAUCGCGCUCGAGGAGCUCGGCCUCCAGUACAAGACGCACCCCAUCAAGAUGAUGGACAACGAGCAGAAGCAGCCGUGGUUUCUCGACAUCAACCCCAACGGCCGCAUCCCCGCCAUCACCGACACCCUGCCCGGCGGCCAGAAGAUCCGCGUGUUUGAGAGCGGCGCCAUCCUCGAGUACCUCGUCGACCGCUACGACCCGGACCACCGCAUCUCGUAUCCCCGCGACUCCCCCGAGCACUGGGAGGUCGUCAGCUGGCUCAUGUGGCAGAUGGGCGGGCUGGGCCCCAUGCAGGGCCAAGCCAACCACUUCAAGAGAUACGCGCCCGAGAAGAUCGAGUACGGCAUCAACCGCUACGGCAACGAGACGCGCCGGCUGUACCGCACCAUGGACGACCACCUGGCCAAGUCGCCGCACGGGUUCCUGGUCGGCGACCGCGUCACCAUUGCCGACAUUUCCUGCUGGGGGUGGAUUGCGUCCCACACGUGGGCGGGCAUCUCGCUGGACGAGUUCCCCCAUGUCGAAAAGUGGCUCAAGAUGCUGCUGCGGCGGCCGGGGUUCGAAAAGGGGCGCCAUGUGCCUGCGCAGCACACCGCGUUCGACAUGGACGGCUGUACCGAGGAGGAGCUUGAUGCCAAGGCCGAGGUGGGGAGGAAAUGGGUCCAGAGCCAGAGCGUGACGGCCUCCGGGGGGGGGAAGUGA